UAUCGGAGGUUAUAUAGAGGUUGCCAAUCAGUAUCGGACUCUGCUCGGUCAGCCUAAGGUUCACCAUGCUGUUGUUGGUUAUAGCUCUCAUCGUUCCUGCCCUAGGGGCUCGCCCAGGAUUCCACUCCACUGGCACACUGGAAUGGAGGGACUGUGGUGUUGGCGAUACCUGGAUCUCCGUGAAGCAGUUCAACAUCAACCCCAGCCCCAUUGUGAUUCCCGGAGAUAUGACGGUAUCCCUCGAAGGAGCAAUCACACACAAUCUCGCUGACCAGGUCUCACUGGACGUUCUCUUUGAGAAGUCGCUUCUCGGGAGGUUCACCAAGGUCCCUUGCAAGAAUGAUGUUGGCACAUGCCACUAUACUGACCCCUGCCAUUUCCUGAAAGUCUUCGAGAAUCAGGGCACCUGCCCUCCCCAGCUGACGGCUAACGGCCUGCCCUGCACCUGCCCCUUCAGCCCCGACAAGCUCCACAUGCCUCCGUCCAAGUUCACCGUCACCAACAUCAGUGAUGCAUGGAAGUUCUUGGCCAACGGCGAGUACCACGUGAAGAUCACAAUGAACGACAAGCACACUAACCAACUCCGUGCCUGCAUGGAGACCUACCUGACUAUCGGUGUCAAAUAAAGUACAUGUUUAGUUGAAGAUUUAAAGACAAUAAAUAAAGUAUGCUUUUUUGUCAAUAUA